AUGGCAGUGCGCGGGGAGAUGGCAGUGCGCGGGGAGAUGGCAGUGCGCGGGGAGAUGGCAGUGCGCGGGGAGAUGGCAGUGCGCGGGGAGAUGGCAGUGCGCGGGGAGAUGGCAGUGCGCGGGGAGAUGGCAGUGCGCGGGGAGAUGGCAGUGCGCGGGGAGAUGGCAGUGCGCGGGGAGAUGGCAGUGCGCGGGGAGAUGGCAGUGCGCGGGGAGAUGGCAGUGCGCGGGGAGAUGGCAGUGCGCGGGGAGAUGGCAGUGCGCGGGGAGAUGGCAGUGUGCGGCCUCGCUGCUCCACUCCUUCCCACAGCCCCACGCGCACACCACCUCCAUCCCUCACUCCGCCCGACCCCCUGGCCUCUCCCCACCCCCCCCCAGGUGCUGCACGCGGCGGCGGUGAGUCUGAUCACAACGAGCCCUGAGGCCAUGGCGGGGGCGCUGCGGUGGGGCAUGGCGCCACUCAAGGCGGUGGGCGUGGGCGUGGAGGCGGCCAUCCUGACGCUGCUGCUGUCGCUGCGCUUCCUGGGCCUCGUGUUUGACGAGCUGCGCGCGCUGGCACUCGGCACCGUGGCUCGCGGCAUCCACUGGACCAAGCUGCAACCGCUCGCCACACUCGACUUGGUGCUGUCGCUAGCGGGGCGCCUCUUCCAGAACCUCUUCACCCACGCCGACCAGAUCUCACAGGCCAUGAUAGCGCGCGGGUAUUCAGGCGACCCCAGCACGCACCGCCUCUACUUCCUUGGCCACUUUGCUCUGCAUGCACGUGACUGGGCCGCCCUGCUGCUGCUCGCCGCCAUCGUUGCUGCUGCUGCCUCCACUGGCCUGCUGCUGCCCUCCUGA